GUUUUAGUUCCAUUGAGAGCAGCCCACAUCAGCACAUCGAGGAGAGACGUCAGAGAGAAACAUCAGACGAACAGCCUUAAUAAUCAGUUUCAACAAUCAGGCCGAAGAUGCAGAGCAGCUUAUUUCUGCUCACUGUGAUGGGUCAGUGUUUCCUCGUCACUUGUCACCACAUUGAGUACCACCUCAUUGAGGAGGCAAAGACCUGGGAUGAAGCUCAGAGAUAUUGCAAAGAGAAAUACACAGACCUGGCUACAGUGUCUGACAUGACAGACAUGAAGAGACUCCGUGAGAUUGUGAAUACACAGGAAGCGUGGAUCGGGCUUCAGAGCAACCCAGGACAAGCCAACAGGAGGUGGCACUGGUCUUUGCCAGGGACGCAAGGGGUGGCGUUAAGCGAUCUUGAGACUUACUUUCAUAAUAAAGAGCCAAAUGAUCACAAUAAUAUUCUUGAGAACUGUGUGCAGAUUCGUAUUAAAAGAUUAAACGAUGCCACCUGUGAUAAAAACAAUAAAUUUAUAUGCUUCAAUGGAACGGAGGAAUCCCCAAAAAGCUUCAUUUACAUCAAAGAGUUGAUGAACUGGACACAGGCUCAGAAUUACUGCAGAGAAAAUUACACAGACCUGGUCAGUGGACUAGAUCAACUAGCUCAUUUAGCUGACAACACUGAAAGUUGGAUCGGCCUGUUCAGAGACACCUGGAGUUGGUCGGAUGGGAGCAUCUCAUCUUUCCGACACUGGAAUCUGGGUUUGCAGAAGGAUGGAGUCAACAAGGAAUGUGCAACUGUGUUAAAGGGAGAAGGAAAAUGGGACUCUGCUGCCUGUGAUGAAACAAAACCCUUCGUCUGCUAUGAUG